GCCUGUGCGCAGGCGCGCGAGGGACCGGGCUGGGUAGCGCGGCCUAAGACCACAUGGCCCCGCCCUCCUACCCCUGACUAUGUAAAACCCCUUGGGGCCGGGGGUCGCUGCGUUUCACUCAGCUGCAGGGGCCGCGAAUAGAGCCCUUGCUGAGGCGGAGCUGCGUCCCCUCCUCAUCAUGAACAGAGGUUUCUCUCGGAAAAGUCACACAUUCUUGCCUAAGAUUUUCUUCCGCAAGAUGUCCUCCUCAGCUGCCAAGGACAAGCCUGAACUCCAGUUCCCAUUCCUGACUGAGGAGGAGACUGUGAAGACAAUCCGUGAGUGCAAGACUCUCUUCGUCCUCCGGGGGCUGCCAGGCAGUGGGAAGUCCACGCUGGCCCAGGCCAUUGUGGAUAGGUAUCCUGAUGGCACCAAGAUGGUGUCUGCCGACGCCUACAAGAUAAAUCCAGGCUCGCAGGCUGCCUACCACGAGGAAUACAAGCAGCUCGAUGAGGACCUGGACAUCUGCUGCCGCCGCGACAUUAGUGUCCUGGUACUGGAUGACACCCACCAUGAGCGCGACCGCCUGGAGAAGAUCUUUGACGUUGCUGACCGGUACCAGUACCUGGUAGUGCUGGUGGAGCCUAAGACAUCCUGGCGGCUGGACUGCACCCUGCUUAAGGAGAAGAGCCAGUGGCAGCUCUCUGCUGAUGAUCUGAAGAAGCUGAAACCUGGUGUGGAGAAGGACUUUCUGCCACUCUACUUUGGCUGGUUCCUGACCAAGAAGGGUUCUGAGAGCUUGCAGAAGGCUGGACAGACCUUCCUGGACCAGCUGAGCAGCCACAAGGCCUUCAAGAAGGAGAUGAAGCACUUUGUGUCUGGGGAUGAAUCUAAGGAGAAGAUUUCCUUGGCUUCCUACUUUGUGAAGAGGCCUCCAGGGGUGCUGCACUGCACCACCAAGUUCUGUGACUAUGGGAAGGCGGAUGGGGCCAAUGAGUAUGCCCAGCAGGAUGUGGUGAAGAAAUCCUACUGUAAGGCCUUCACCCUGACUGUCUCUGCACUAUUUGUGACACCUAAGACGAUGGGUGCCCGGGUGGAGCUGGGUGAGCAGGAGCUGCUGCUGUGGCCGGCAGACGUGGACAAGACAUCUACUGAAAACCUGCCCCGAGGCAGCCGUGCCCACAUCACACUGGGUUGUGCAGCAGGUGUACAGCCUGUGCAGACCGGUAUCGACUUGCUGGAGAUACUUCGGCAAGAGAAGGGGGGAAGUCAAGGAGAGGAGGUGAGCGAGCUAAGUCGAGGCAAGCUGUAUUCCUUGGGCAAUGGGCAGUGGAUGCUGCGUCUGGCCAAAAAAUUAGAGUUUAGGGCCAUCUUCACAGGAUACUAUGGGAAAGGCCACACUGUGGCCACGCACAGCAGCCGAAAGGGAGGUGCCUUGUCAUCUUGUACCAUCAUCUAGACAGUGGGCUACCCUUUCAAACUAUUCACCCCCCUUUCCUUAUGUGGGGGUGAGUAGGAGACACUGCCCUCCACUUUGACUUUUUUAUGCCAUUAACUCACCUGUAACUUUUCAAAACUUGUAAAAUAACUGCCCCUUUCCAACCUAACACCUUGUGCUAUAAGUCAGAAGGAACAUUUGGGAGACUGGACCAAAGUCCUAGGACUCAGGACUUGUUACCCUGUGGGGGUCCCGUCCCCCCCGCCCCGUUACUCACCCAGUCUCUAGCAGCAGCACCCCUUGGUUCUUUUAGUCCCAAGGUACUCCACUUCCCUUGGUGUACUCUACAGAGAAGUCAUGUAGCACUUCCACAAGAAACCCGUCUUCUCUCCCUCCCCUCCCCGCCCCGCCCCCCACACAGGCUCUUACCUUCUUUGUUAAUUACUACAGUUCUGGGAAGUGUUUACUCUUCCCUUCCUAUGAGUCUAGUCCUUCAUUCCCCUGUUCCCCUCUACAUUCAGGAUGAAACUGAUAGGGGGAAAAUAAGGCGACUCUAAAAGAACUGUAUUGAUGACUGAUUAGGAAAGUGCACAGCAGUAAAACAGAUCGCCCUGUCUGGGAGGGCGGGGGCUUAGGCAGAGAUUCACCCCACUCUAGUGAUGUACUUUCCCUGUAUAGACAGGGAAAUUCAGGCCCAAAGGGGUCGGGAAGCCUGCUGGGAUUGCUGUAUAUUCAUGGGGAAGGCUGGGGCUCGCUGUCCCAACCAGGCUUCCUUGCCACUAGGCUGGUGAAGGCCUCCCUCCAUCUGCCUUCCUCUCUAAGGGGGUUUUUAACACUGCUUUGCAUACUUCAUUUCCUCUCUCACAUAACUGUCUUGGUGUCAUGCUUUGACUCUGGCCUGGCUCCUGUGCAAUAUGGGACCUUACUCAUUAUGCUGUUUCUCAACACAAGUGCUUGGGAUUUGAGUUAAAACAUCCUGGUUUUGCCCAUCCCCCAAAUUGUAAGACCGUUAAUGAAAUAAAUCUCAAUAAUCUUAA